AUCGUUCUAGCCUGUCAGUGAUCAGGAAGCGCAGACGUUAAACGGUGUGAAUCAUGGACCAUCAUACGAUGUGAUAUGUCAACGGUGCCUAGUCUGAAGUUGCCUUAGUCCAGGACACAGCAGACCAGGAUGGCUCUAAUAGAGGGGGUGGGUGAUGAGGUCACCCUGCUCUUUGGAGUGGUGUUCCUGGUGCUCGUCCUGGUUCUGGCCUGGGCUUCCACUCACACUGUUGAACCCCCUGAACACCUCCUCCCACCCAGCACAGGGACCUCCCCCUCCACAGAGACUGACAGCCAGGAGCCGCUCCCCUCGGGUAACACGGACUCGUCGCCCAGCGGUGUCAGGGAGAAUGAUAAGAGUGAGCCUGGAACAGAAGCAGGAGCGGUGGGACAGUCCUCGGAUGAUAGUAGGGCUGGAGGAGGUGAGGGAGGCCUCUUGGAGGAAGCAGGGAUUGAGAGGGAUGGGUUGAGACAUCGAGAAUCAGCGGGUCCCUCGACUCAACCUCCAGCCAGCGCCCCAAGUGCCACACAGCCUUCGGCCGAAGAAGCACCGAAUGACGCCCAAAGGAACAUGGUGCUCAGGUUGAAGUUCUUGAAUGAUACAGAGAGGACAGCGCAAGUGAAUCUUCAAGACACGAUUGGUUACAUUAAACGGUAAGCAACUGAAUACUCAACCUAAAAGAA